ACCGCGAGAAAGCAGCUGAGGCGCUCCCUUUCUCCUUUAAAUCUGUACCUUCCCAAUUCAUGCGUCCCAUUCUCCAAACCAGCACCUCAUACUCUUCGUUGCUUUCGUAACUCUGGUUCACUCUUGGGAGAAACUAACCAUCACCUCAUACUCCGCCGAUGCCUCCUUCGUCGCCUCUUGCGCCCGUCCACAAAGAAGCAUGAACUACACCGGGAGCGCCCUCUCCCUCCUCGCGCCAAAAGCCACAAAGGACAUGUCCCGCCUGCACCAAGGCUACGACCGUGGCUAGCUCCAUAGCUACUACCCCCACGUACUAGUAUACUGUUUCGAUCCAGUCCCGUUGUCUGUUGAUAGCUUUCCACAUCGAUCGGCCAUGAAGGAAGGGGGUCAGAAGAAGAACAUCCUGGCCAAGACGCUCCAGAAGUGCCGGUCGCUGGGCCACCGGAGGCAGCCGGCAGCCUACGGCGGUGGCGGCGCUGGCAGCAGCGCCAGCGCCCCGGCCUCGCCACGCGCGGCCGAUGGCAGGGCGGCGUGGGCCGUUCCGGCGGGGUACUUCGCCGUGCUCGUGGGGCCAGAGAAGGAGCGGUUCGCGGUGCGCGCCAGGUGCGCAAACCACCCCCUGUUCCGGGCGCUGCUGGACGAGGCCGAGACGGAGUACGGCUUCGCCGGCUGCGUCGGCCCGCUCGAGCUGCCAUGUGCCGUCGAUGAUUUCAUGGAGGUCAUGUGGGAGAUGGAGCAGGGCGGCGGCGUCGCGUCGUCGCCCAGCUGCGCUCGCUUCGCCGGCAGGGGCCACCACCAACAACAACAGCGCCACGGGUACCACUUGUUGAGUCCGGGCACGUUCGUCGUCGCCGGCCGGUCGUGAUCACCAUGCACGUGCUUGCUCUUCACCAACGACGGUCUAAGUCGUCGACCGUGGCAAGAAACCUUCAACGGUCCAGUGCUGUAAUCUUCUUUGUCUUCCUCUUUUUCUUUGCGCGUAGGUUGUUGUCUUGUUGAUGUCGAAUGCAUGUAGAAAUUAAUUCUUCA